AUGUCCACAACCGAAAACGAAGAAUAUGAGAAAGCGUGUGGAAGCCGAUGGAAGCGUAUGCAAGCAGACGGAAGCGUAUGCAAGCAGACGCAAAGCCAAUCGACUCCAUAUGCGAACGGCUAUUACCACAUGGAAAAGACUCUUCCAGUAGUCUACAUCCAAGAGACUGUUCCAAAGUCUAAUUUCUAA